AUGAAUAACAUUACUAUUAGUACAAUCAAUAAUUAUGGUAUAAUUUCUAUUCACAAAAAUACUUCUUAUCAACAAGACAAUUUAGAUACUAAAACUCAACACCUUAUACCUCAAAAACUUUCUUGUCUUCAAAGUUCAGAGAGUGUGUCUAAAUGUGCUACACAACCACAGACUCCUUGUAAUCCUGCUAAUUCUUUUCUUGAGCCCUAUUCAAAGUCAUGCUCUUCUCCUGCUGAUAGUUUGAAGAAAGUCAAGACAGACUCAACCACUCUUAAUCCUUCUGUCAUUUCAUUUUUAUCUAAACACCAGAAACAAUCUUCUCUAUCUACCACUAAACUAAGAAGACAAACAGUUGAUGACACUAUCAUCAAACAAAAAAAUCCUGGUAAAAUUAAUCCAUCUACUUCCUUUACCCCAUUAACUCUCAACCUUUUUCAAGACCCUUUCGAAAUUGUUGGACUAUCAAAAUAUGAAACAGUUCUUAAACAAUGGAUUCCUUCUAUCCGAAUGAAAUUGAUAUAUGAUAGUUCACAACAAUUUUUUGAUUCAAAAGGAUUUAAUGAAAAAGUAUGUGGUAGAAAAAAUUUAUUGAUAAUAGUUGUAAGUGGUAAAUCAAUAUUUGGGUCAUGGCACUCUAAACAAAUUCCAAAAGAAAAGAAGGAUGGAUUUGUGUAUGUUAAAAAUGAUGAGAAUCAUUUUGUAUUUACACUUAGAAAUAUUUAUAAUAUUAAUCCUACUAAAUUCCUUCCUAGAGAAGUUAACAAAUAUAGUAAGAGUUUAUGUCUUUCUGGAAGCAAAAGUUCUACGUGUAUUGUAGGAUGUUAUUCGUGUUAUUUUGUUGAAACAUUAGAUAAUGAGUCAACAGUUGAUUGGUCAUUUUCAAGUACAUAUAGAGAUACAAGUGGAAAAGGGCAUUUAAUAUUUACAGGAAAACAAGCAUUUACCACUGAUCGUUUACUUGCAUUCUAUGGGGAGUAA